ACUAUUCAAAUUCAAAUUUCCAACACAGCUAGCACAACCAAAAUUUGUGAUAAGAUUGUUUAACUAUUUCGUGAGGAAAUUUUAUACAAAUCUAGUACAACUAUUUUAUGUUCCAAAAUUCGUGUAUGUUUGUGCCAAAUUCUGGCAAGCGUUUAUUUUGUAGAACUAUAGUUAAUCAGUGCCAUGGGAACCACGAGUGUGAGGCCCUAUUCGGAGGCGGAGUCCAAGGCCCUUAAGCGGUUCAUGAGGAGUUACAGGAAGCAUCAUGCCGACAUGGACGAAGAAGAGGUCAAGAGAUCGGGGGAAAAUGCCUGGGGGAAGCUUUUGCCCCAGCAAAAGAAGCACUUUGAAGUGAGACCCAGGGUUAUUGCCGUCAAAAGGAAAUUGAUUGUGAAAAGGAAACUGUCGACCAAGCAGAAGAAAUCCGUUUGCGGUAUGCGUAGUCCAGCCCAGAAGUCCAAGAUUAGGGCCAGACGAGCUCCUCCAAAUCCCGUGAUGAGUACCGCCUUUAUAAACUUUUUGCGCGAGCACCAGAAGAGAAAUGCCCACUUGACCGUCAAGAAAAGGCUACAAAAAGGGGCUGUGCUUUGGUCAAAGCUCAAUAAGCAACAGCAAAAUCAAUAUCGUAAGAUGGGCGAUGAGAGGAAGAGGAAGUAGCAUAAGGGCUUUUAAAUCCAUGGGCUAUGAUUAAUGCCCACUUGACCGUCAAGAAAAGGCUACAAAAAGGGGCUGUGCUUUGGUCAAAGCUCAAUAAGCAACAGCAAAAUCAAUAUCGUAAGAUGGGCGAUGAGAGGAAGAGGAAGUAGCAUAAGGGCUUUUUAAUCCAUGGGCUAUGAUUAAUUGGACAUAGAGUACUUUUUUUUAGAAAUUAACUGCGACUCCACUUUUAAAUCCUGAUAUUGAUAUCUGUUUAAUAACAAGAGAACAAGGAUAAUCCAAUUAAAUUAGUAUAAAGGUU